AUGGGAACCCGGGCGAGCGCUGCAAAAAUGAGCAACCUCCCCCUCUCUCGAUCUGAGGUGUUUGGGGAGCUGAGAAAGGAACUGCAUGAGGAUGAAGAGUUCCAUCAGUCUGACGCUCACGUCUUCAUCAUCAUGGGAGCAUCGGGAGAUUUGGCUAAGAAGAAAAUCUACCCGACUCUAUGGUGGUUGUUCAGAGACGGUCUUCUGCCUGAGCAAACCCACUUUGUGGGAUUUGCCCGCUCUGACUUGACAGUUGAUGCCAUACGGACUGCUUGUAUGCCAUAUUUAAAGGUUACUGACACAGAGGCAGAGCGGCUGUCAGUCUUCUUCAGCAGGAACACAUAUAUCAGUGGCAAAUAUGCUGAUGAGACUUCCUUUGCCAAGCUCCACACACACCUGUUGUCUCUCCCUGGAGGAGCUGAUGCUAAUCGACUCUUCUACCUGGCACUGCCACCCACUGUUUACCACGAUGUUACCAAGAACAUCAAGACCCAAUGUAUGAGCACAAAAGGCUGGAAUAGGGUGAUUGUAGAGAAGCCAUUUGGUCGGGACCUACAGAGCUCUGAAGAGCUGUCCACUCACCUCUCGUCCCUCUUCACUGAAGAACAGAUCUACCGCAUAGAUCACUAUCUGGGCAAAGAGAUGGUGCAGAACCUCAUGGUUCUCAGGUUUGGAAACCGUAUCUUUGGACCAAUCUGGAACAGAGACAGUGUUGCCUGUGUUGUCCUCACUUUUAAAGAGCCUUUUGGCACUCAGGGACGAGGAGGCUACUUUGAUGAUUUUGGCAUCAUCCGCGAUGUCAUGCAGAACCAUUUGCUCCAGAUGCUCUCUCUGGUUGCCAUGGAGAAACCAGCGUCCACCAGCUCUGAUGAUGUCAGGGAUGAAAAGGUUAAGGUGCUGAAGUGUAUUGCUCCAGUGACCAUGUCUGAUGUAGUGCUGGGUCAAUAUGUGGGUGAUCCAGAGGGUGAGGGAGACGCCAAACUAGGUUACCUUGAUGAUACCACGGUACCUAAAGGAUCAACUCAGGCUACCUUUGCUAGUGCUGUGCUCUAUGUGCACAAUGAACGCUGGGAUGGAGUUCCUUUCAUCCUUCGUUGUGGAAAAGCACUGAAUGAGAGGAAAGCGGAGGUGCGGCUGCAGUUCACGGAUGUUCCAGGUGACAUUUUUGGAAAUCAGUGCCGUCGGAACGAGCUGGUUGUACGCGUGCAGCCAAAUGAGGCAGUCUAUGCUAAAAUGAUGAGCAAGAAGCCUGGUGUGUACUUCAGCCCUGAAGAGACUGAGCUGGACCUGACCUACAAAAGCAGAUAUAAGGAUGUGAAACUUCCAGAUGCUUACGAACGUCUUAUCCUGGAUGUCUUCUGUGGAAGUCAGAUGCACUUUGUACGCAGUGAUGAAUUAAGGGAAGCAUGGAGAAUCUUCACACCUCUCCUUCAUCAGAUUGAAAAAGAGAAGCCCAAGCCUAUUCCUUACAAAUAUGGAAGCCGUGGCCCAACAGAAGCAGAUGAUCUUGCAAAGAGAGUUGGAUUUCGCUAUGAAGGCACUUACAGAUGGGUCAACCCUCACAGACUCUGAGCUGUGAUGAAAUGAGGGAGGAGUAGAGGUAGGAUAGCAGGAACUGUGUAGGAGGGUCAAUGAGCUGUGUCAAGUUCCAGUAUGGAAGUGUGUUUGAGGAAGAAGGUAUUUCACAGUAGCAGCUUGGAAGAAAAAAAAAGGUUUUUAAAAAUAUAGUGUUUCUCAGGUAUAGGGUUUAGUUAUUGGAACCAGUUCGUCAGACGUUAAACAGAGAAAGAAUGAUAGGCUUAUGUUACAGUGAUGUGCUUGUACUCACAGUUUUUCAUACCACCAUAGCAAUACUUAAAGAUGGGACCAAUUAAUUUGGAGAGGGAACAAAAUGGUAAUGAAUCUGAGUAUUUUUGUGCUGUCUGAACUGGCUCCAAGACGCUGACAUUAAUUAGGUCACAAUUUAUCAGGAUGGCAAGUGGAAUAACUGAGGAACAAGAACAGAGCAGAGCAACAACAAAGCACUCAGCUGAGUCAUGCUAACUCAGUGCAACUACUGUACCAAAGAUGGUGACUAAACAGUAGAGAUGAGAAACAAUAAGAGACUGAAAGACUGUCCACCAGUCAUGCUUAACACCAUUCUGAUUGUAAAACCAUUAUGCUUUGACUGCAUUUAUUAACUGCAUAUAAUGUACUUUAUUGUACAACUUGCUUAUUUUCAUACUUCCUUCAUCUGGGACCAAGGAUUUAUUGGUGGUUUAAGGUAAAGGAAAACUAAUGUCUGUGUUUCCAAAGGGCGAGGCAGCACCUUAUCUAAACAAAUCACACUGAAAUAGUCUUAAAGUGUCCUUCUGGACAAGUAAAAUGAACUCUCCAUCUUGUUUAGGUGCCUCCCUCUUCAUUUCAUUCCCUUUUGUUUACAUUUCUUCAGGUAUAAUAAAGUUGCUGUUUUUUGUUCCAAAUUUUAACUAUUAAGACAGCAGCAACAUCUACCACAGGUCAACAGUAAAUGUCUGUCCUUGUAAUGACGUACUGAAUGCUGCUGUUCACCGCACACUUAUGUAAAAGUAGCUAUAUUUCCACAACUUGUAAUAAACUAGCUUGGCUCCUCUGUAAAA